ACUAGAACUAUUUGCACUGGUCAGAAAGAUCAAAGAUCUUAGAUUAUCCUCCCUAAAACUUUGUGUUUUCAACAACCAAAAACACAAGAUGAACUCCGAGGAAAACCAGAUGAAAACGUCCACAAAUGAAGAGGACGAUCAUAUGCUUGGACAGUAUGCCAUGCAACUAGUGAGCGCAUCAGUCUUGCCUAUGGUGUUAAAAGAAACAAUUGAACUUGGUGUGCUUGAUAUCAUAGACAAAGCUGGUCCUGGAGGUCAACUCUCCUCUUCACAAAUUGCUGCCCAACUUGUUACUCAAAACAAACCACAAGCCCCUUCAAUUCUCGAUCGAAUUCUCCGCCUUCUUGCUAGCCACUCUAUUUUAACAUGCUCUCUUACUAGUGAUCAUGAUGGUGGUCAAGUUGAUUGUGUCUAUGGUUUGGCACCAGUAGCCAAAUACUUCAUCCGGAACCAAGAUGGAGGGUGUUUGGCUCCCUUGCCAGAAUUGGUUCAGGACAAAGUGAUGUUAGAUAUGUGGCAUCAUCUAAAAGAAGCAGUCGUUGAAGGGGAACUUCCAUUUAACAAGGCGUAUGGAAUGAGUGCUGUUGAGUAUGUUGGGAAGGAUGCCAAACUUGGUGAAAUAUUCAAAGACUCCAUGAAAGAUUUCAACCCUAUAUUUAUGCAGAAAAUCCUGGAAAUAUAUAAAGGUUUUGAUGGUUUAAAAUCUCUGGUUGAUGUGGGUGGUGGGGAUGGUUUUAUCCUUAAGAUGAUCAUAUCCAAAUAUCCUGCAAUUAAGGGUGUCAACUACGAUCUGCCUUCAACUAUUGAAAAGUCAACUUCCUAUCCUGGUAUUGAGCAUGUUGCAGGGGAUAUGUUCAUAGGCAUUCCAAAAGGGGAAGCCAUUUUCAUGAAGUGGAUCCUACACAGUUGGGACGAUGAGCACCGCGUGAAGAUACUAAAAAAUUGCUAUGAAGCAUUACCGGCCAACGGGAAAGUGAUAGUAGUUGAUUUAGUAAUACCAGAAGCCCCUGAAACUAUUCUUGCUCCAAAAAGCUUAUUUCAGUUAGAUAUGUUCAUGAUGAACAUGAAUUCGAGAGGAAAGGAGAGGACAAGAAAAGAAUUUCAAAGUUUGGGAGAAGACGCAGGGUAUUCUCAUAUUCAAGUGCCUUGUUCUGCAUUUAAUUUCUCAGUUAUAGAGUUCUAUAAAUCUAUGUGAAGUAGUUUCCUCUACUGUCAUUAUGGCUUGUCUUAUGUACGUGUAUCAGAAG